AUCAGUCAGCGGGCGCGCGCUGUCUUUUGCUGCAGUCACCUGUGAUCGCGCGCGCUAUCCGCUCAUGCGCAGUCCGGCACGACACGACGCGAACGUUCAUUACGAAUAAAAUGCAGAAUAAUAAAAAAUCGCAGAAGGUGCUGGUGAGCCACAUCAGUGGCAGUGUCGUCUCCUUCACCCAGGAGGACAGCAGUGUCUCCGAUGGCUACGGCAUGUUCCCGUCGCGAGAGCAGAUCAUCCCGAACAACAAGUUCGACGCCGAGAAUGCGAAGGCUCUGAACGGACAUCCCCACCACGACGGGCAUCACCAUGUCACACACCCCACCUCGUAUGCGGAUACCAUGCUCCACCUGUUCCGCGGGAACAUCGGCACCGGUCUGCUGGCCAUGGGCGACGCCUUCAAGAACGGCGGCAUCGUCUUCUCCCCAAUCGUCACCGCACUGCUCGGCAUCAUCUGCGUCCACGCGCAGCACUUACUGCUGAACUGCUCUGAGGAGAUGCACCGCCAGACACACCGGGAGAGUCCUCCGGGCUUCGCCGACACCGUGUACCUAGUGUUCAAGAACGGGCCCAUACAGACUCGCCGCCUUGCCACGCCCAUCAAGAUCAUGGUCAACAGCUUCCUCUGCGUCACGCAGCUCGGCUUUUGCUGCGUAUAUAUCGUCUUCAUCGCGAACAAUGUUAAAAUGAUUUGCAGUCAGUACAACAUCCACAUCGAGCUGUCUGUGCACAUGAUUUUCGUCGUCGUCCCGGUUCUCGUGGCCUGCAUGGUGCGCAACCUCAAGUACCUGACUCCGUUCUCCACUGUGGCUAACAUCCUGAUGGCCGUCGGAGUCGCUGUCGUGGUGUACGAGGCUACCCAGGAGCUGCCCCCCGUCCAGAGCAGGGAGUACAUCGCCUCCUGGCAACAACUGCCCCUCUACUUCGGAACUGCCAUCUACGCUUUUGAAGGCAUCGGAUUGGUCCUUCCCCUGAAGAACGAGAUGAAGAAACCGGAGAUGUUCCAGAAGCCUCUAGGAGUACUCAACGUCGGCAUGAUGGUCGUCGGCAGCAUCUUCAUCACCGUGGGCUUCCUGGGAUACCUCAAGUGGGGCGAUGACGUGCUUGGCAGCUUGACUCUUAACCUGCAGCCUGGCAGAGUGCUGAGCAACGUAGUCCAGGGCCUGAUCGCGUUGGCAAUGCUGUUCACAUACCCGCUCCAAUUCUACGUUCCCGUUGCCAUCACCUGGCCGGUACUUCGCAAGAAAUACGCCGCCACCCACCCCGUCGCUAAGGAGCUGGGAUACAGGGCUUUGCUGGUUUUACUCACAUUUGUACUGGCUGAAUCGAUCCCAGAGCUUGGCCUCUUCAUAUCGCUGGUAGGCGCUGUCAGCAGCACAGCCUUGGCUCUGAUGUUCCCGCCUCUCAUCGAGCUGGUCUCCCAGUCACAGAAGCCCGGUGGCAUCCCCAAGUACAUGAUUGCCAAAGACUGCUUCAUCAUUCUUUUGGGCCUGUUCAUCUUCGUCACUGGCACCUACGAGAGCGUCGCUUCCAUCAUCAGGGCGUUCAAACAGUAAACUAGUUAAAUUAAGUAUACGUUAAAUGAAGUCUGUGUGUUAGUAGUUGCAUUGUCAAAAAUAGUUUAUAGUUAUAAAUUUUGCUCACAAGAUACCUUCCCAAAUUGUGAGGUAGUUUAAUGCUUUUGAUGUACACCACAAAUAUUUAUCUGUCGUUGAAAUUUCCAAAUUUUAUUUAGACUUAUAAAGAAUCUAUUUAUGUAUGGAUAUAUAUGUAGCCACUAAUGAAAGAAUAAUAUUGACACUUGAUGCUAUAAGUAUUCCCUAUAUUUAUUGACAGAUGGUAUUAAGAAUGCCUGAUUUUAUCGUAGUAUAUUGUUAAAGAAAUAUCUCUCUGAAACAUUCGAAUUUGUGUGUAGAGAUAGGUGGUCUCUGUGUGAUCUUACUUCUACAAUUAAUGUAUGUGAAUAGUAAUGUGUCGUCUAUAAGCAUUUAUUCAUAUAGAUAAGCUCAUUGCCAAAAACAGUACCUAAGUAGCAGACGUACCAAUACACUGGACAUGAUUUUGUUUAUGAUAUUGUGAAGAUUUAAAACUCCCAUAGAAAUAUUUUGCUAAAGAAUUAUAUUUACUCUUGUUACCUUUUAUCAAAGAAAAAAAAUAUGUCUAAAGCCAAAGGAUAAAAGAUUCUCUAAAUAUUUAUGCUUUUUCUUACGGGGAAAGGCACCAUAUUAUCUAUAUUGAUGUGAAUUUAGAUUGGAUGUUAAACUUAAAAGUAGCCAUUUAAAAUCAAUGUUAGGAAAAACUACAUAAAAAGACGUACAAAUACCAAUGGUUUAUUUUAAGGAAUCGUAUUUUUAGGUUUAUUUUGUUUCUUAGUUUAAUUAUCAUUACCUAUAAGUUUCUAUAAACAUGAAAAAGAAUAGCUGUGACAAUGACGUGAUUGAUUAAAAUAUAAGUUUUCUUGAAUUUCGAAUAUGUCUCGUGAAUGCAAAUGAUCACAUUAAAAGUCGCGUUUAUGAUGUUUGUGAAAUGGUUUCAGAAUGUAUUUUUAAGACAUUUAAGUGCAACUAUGACUAUGUAAUCUUAAAUUUAAAUCCUGAUUCUAUUGUUAUUUUUCUGUGAUACAAGCUAUUAAAUAAAU